AUGGUUAAAGAUAAGAAAAGAUCACACGAAGAAAGUGAGAGUGAUAAUGAAAAACUUGUUAAUGAAGUAGAUCAAGAUUUUGAUGAAAUUGCUGGUUUACUUGGUGAAGACAUUAAAGAUCCUGAAAAACCUAAAAAGAAAAAACAAGAAGUUGAACCAAAGGCAAUACCUACAAAGUUAAAUACAAAUGCUAUAGAGGAAGAUGUUUUAUUUGAAAAUGCUAAUUUAUCAGAACCAACCAUGAAAGCUAUAAAAGAAAUGGGUUUCUCAAAAAUGACAAAAGUUCAAGCUAAAACAAUACCACCAUUAUUAGCAGGUAGAGAUGUCUUGGGAGCUGCAAAAACAGGAUCUGGUAAAACUUUGGCAUUUUUAAUACCAGCAAUUGAAUUAUUAUAUUCCCUUAAAAUAAAACCAAGAAAUGGUACUACUGUAAUUAUAAUAACACCAACAAGAGAACUAGCUUUACAGAUUUUUGGAGUAGCUAGAGAGUUGAUGAAAUUUCAUUCACAAACAUGUGGGAUUGUAAUUGGAGGUGCUGAUAGAAGACAAGAAGCUACAAAAUUACAAAAAGGUUUAAAUUUAUUAGUUGCCACACCAGGUAGAUUAUUAGAUCAUUUAAAAAAUACUCAAGGUUUUGUAUAUUCAAAUUUAAAAGCUUUAAUUAUAGAUGAAGCUGAUAGAAUUUUAGAAAUUGGGUUUGAAGAUGAAAUGAAACAAAUUAUAAAAAUAUUACCAAAUGAAAAUAGACAAUCAAUGUUAUUUUCAGCUACUCAAACUACAAAAGUUGAAGAUUUAGCAAGGAUAUCUUUAAGACAAGGUCCAUUAUAUGUAAAUGUUGUUACAGAAAGUGAAAUAUCCACAGCUGAUGGAUUAGAACAAGGAUAUGUUGUAUGUGAUUCCGAUAAAAGAUUUUUAUUAUUAUUUUCAUUUCUUAAAAGAAAUGUUAAAAAGAAAAUUAUAGUAUUUUUAUCAUCAUGUAAUUGUGUAAAAUUUUAUUCAGAAUUAUUAAAUUAUAUAGAUUUACCAGUUUUAGAUUUGCAUGGUAAACAAAAGCAACAAAAACGUACCAAUACAUUUUUUGAAUUUUGUAACGCAAAACAAGGAAUAUUAGUAUGUACAGAUGUUGCAGCAAGAGGAUUAGAUAUUCCAUCAGUUGAUUGGAUUAUUCAAUUUGAUCCACCAGAUGAUCCAAGAGACUAUAUACAUAGAGUUGGUAGAACAGCAAGAGGUACAAAUGGUAAAGGUAAAUCAUUAAUGUUUUUAACACCAAAUGAAUUAGGAUUUUUAAGAUAUUUAAAAGCAUCAAAUGUACCAUUAAAUGAAUAUGAAUUUCCAACAAACAAAAUAGCCAAUGUUCAAAAUCAAUUAUCAAAAUUAAUAAAGACAAAUUAUUUAUUACAUCAAUCAGCAAAAGAUGGUUAUAGAAGUUAUUUACAAGCUUACGCAUCACAUAGUUUAAAAACAGUUUACCAAAUAGAUAAAUUAGAUUUAGUUAAAGUUGGUAAAUCAUUCGGAUUUGAUAUACCACCCAAAGUUAAUAUAUCAAUUGGUUCAAGUGGAAAAUCUAUUGAUAAAAAACAUAAAAAACAAAAGAGAGAUAAAAAUUGA